GGCAGGAUGCUGGGAGUUGUGGUCCAGAAGGGAACCUUCCCAAGAAUCUAUGCCCUUGGCACACGCUCAGAGGCACACUGGGUCACAUCUGACAUCCCACAGAGGGUUCCAUACGAAAGCUGGUGACAUUCAGGGAGUCGUGGUCCAAGGAGGGACGUGCAACUGCAAGGGAAAGCAAGGACCAGCCCUUUGGCCCAUCUCAAUCCGGAUCCUUUGCAAAAAAAAGGUCCCUUGCCAGCCAGCGUGGACAGUGUCUGAAAAGAUCCCCCUUUGCCAUCUUUUUUGAACCCCAAGAGCUCUCCCCCCCUCCCCCACAUACACACUUGAAGCCUACGUCAUGGGAUGAACACAGUCGGUUGCUCUUUCUCAAGUCGUAUUCAACGCAUGUGAUGAAGCGCUCCUCGAGCUGGCUUUCCUUCCUAGGUCAACGGGACAGCGCUCUGCACUUGCACAGAGGCUCUCCCGCCGGCUCUUUGACAUUUCUGCCUCCCUGCGUUGCUAGGCGACGUGGGAAAGUGUUCCGCCAAUGAAGCAAGGAAACCAGCCCAGCGUCCCAUGGUCGCUAGGCAACCCCGCCUGGGGAACGUUCCACGGUUGCUAGGCAACCAAGGGAGCUGUGUAGGGAAAGCGGAUGGAGGAGAGAGAAUGCAAGGCUGUCCCCAAGUGAGUUUGCAACUCAGAUCUUCCGGACUUGGGGCAGGAGAGAGCCCUGGUUCCCAACUGCCGUUGGGCCCCACGGCAAUGCUAUGGGGCCCUGGCAACGGGAGUGCUGGGCUUUGCAGGUUUGCAGCUCCCUAGGGGGCCCUGAUGCUGAGCCAAGGAAGGCCUUGGGAGCCUUUGGAGGCCUUUUCUUGCUGUGCCUUGCCUCCAGCCAAAAGGGAAAGGGGGUGCCUAAGAAUACUAAGAAUAGCCCUAAUCAUCAUGUAUCUCCAGAAUAAAGGCCAUGCUGUAUUUUCAUAUAAUAUUCUUAUAUUACAAUAAAUUUUAACACCGUAAAAGGUCUUCCUUGAAGUUUGGACUGAAACCCGGAGUGGACCUCCCCAGCGGCCACCAUGGAAGCCGCUCCAAGGGGCCCAAGGCACGUUGUACGUUCCUCCUCCGGUGCAAGGCCAAAGCGGUCGGGAUGCUGGGCCAAGGACCAUUGCGACUUCCUCUUGGACGCCAUCGAUGCCCAGCUCUGCCACUUGCAAGCUCAAGGAUCCCCCGUGGAAAUCAACCGCAGCCAUGGGGCUGCUCAGGGAACGGUGGUUGUCUGCCAUCCAACUGACAGCGCUGUCUCUGCAGUGGAAGACUCUCCGUCGGAGGAAGGGGCCCAGGAAGAGGCUCAUGGCCUCGACUUGGAAGGCGACCAGAGUGGGUUGGACUCCGUCUGCACCGAAGAACUGGCUGCCGUGUUUCAGGCCGGGAUGGUUGAUCCGCGGCUGAAUUCUGAGAGCGAGGGAGAUGAGGAUGCCAUUCCACGACAUCCAAGCACCAAAGACUGGGGCCAGGCUGCCUGGAGUCCCUUCUCCAAAGAGCCUCCGCCCUGGCAUAGAACGGGGAGCCUGUCGUCUCUCAGAGACAAGAUUUCCUCGCUUAGCCAGACGGACACCGACGAGGCCGCCGUGGAGGCUUUGCGGCACCACCCGCCAUGGAGAAAGGGCCACCAGCCCUUGGAUUCGGGAGAAUGGGGUAGUUUGGCUGCAAACGAUGCAGGAAAGGCCUCGUGGUGGAGAAAAAACAGCUCCGAGGCCUUGUCGGAGUGGGUUCGGGCCCAGAGCAAAAAUCCGAGCAGGCCGCUCCUCGUGGGGGAUUUGGACCCUCUGGAAAUGGAUGCUUUACCGACCACGAAUGGUGACGUUUCCGCAAGGGUGGCGCAACCCCAUUCCCUCGAAACGGGGCAUGCUCAUUGUCUAGCUGCCCACUCGGGGUCUCAGAAUGGGCCUUGGGCACCUUUGGGGGGUGGGGGCCGAGGGGGAUUGCUCCCACCUGGGCGGUGUUCUCCUUCGGAAAGCGAGAAGCCAGUGUUCUUGAGGAGGAAAUGCAACACGGGCAGAACGGACCUUGCUGGGCCACCCUGGACGUCUUUAGUCUUUGCCGGCAGUGGGCACGAUGUGGGCGCCCUCUGCCCAGAAGGAUGCAGGGAAGCUCCGGCCCCAGUGAAGGCUGCCAGUGUGGACCUUGGGGGACGUGGGGAGCAACCUGGGCUGAGCAAGGCACAGAGGCAAUGCCCCGAUCGCCAGCUUCACCAAACCAGAGGGUGGGCCGUGCAGUUGCCGCUGAGGACAGCCUAUGGGAUGAUGCUGCACAAAGAGGUGUCCCAAUUGGCAUCGGAGAAAGAAGCCUUGGAGGACCGCAUUCAGCAGCUGGAGGCCCAGCUCUCCUCCCUGAAGCUCCAGCUGAGGAACUCCAACGUUGAGUUGGCCACCCUGAAGGAGAUGGCUGGCAAGACCAAGCAGAUCCAGGAGGCCGUCUUGUUGGAAAGGGAGGAGGAGCUGUGGCGACUGCAAGAGACUGUGGAGGCCUUGGGGGUCGAAAGCGAGGCCCGGAGUCGGGCGGUGGCGAGGCUGGCAGAGGAGAAGGUGGGCCAGCUGGCGGCCCUGCGGCAAGAGGCCCAGCGGGAGAAGGAGGAAGAGCUGCUCCGGCUGCAGGAAGAGCUGCGGCGGGAGAAGCAACAGGCGCUGCAGGAGUUGGCAGAGAAGAUGGAGCAGGCCAGCGCCAGGGCCCUUUGGGAGCAAGCGGCCCGUUUCCGAUUGGAUGCCAAGGACCUCCGCAAGGCCAUUGCAGAACGAGAGGCUCGGCUUUUCUGCCAAGAGGAUGCCCACCGGCAGAAGGCAAAGGCUUUGAAGCAGGAGGCCCAGGAAAUGGUGCAGAAGGCCCUCCUUAGGGAGCGGGAGAGGUGGGAGGCCGAUGCCAGGGCCGCUCUCUGGGCUUUGCGGGAGCAGAAUCAGAAGGCGCUGCUCCGUCUCCGGGAGGCCUUGGAGGAAGAGCGGAGGGCCACGCGGGCUCUGUGGGAAAGGGCGGGCGGCCUCUGUGCCCUCAGCGCCCCAGGCAGUGACCGGGCAGACCCUCUCGUGCCAAGGCCACCGUGGCCCCUCGAGGGGCACCCGACUUGGAAGGCGCAGAUGGCCCUGGAGUUCAAGGAGGAGCUCAAGGCCGAGAUGGAGAGGCGCCGGUCCAAGGACAAACCCAUGGCGUCUCGCAAGGAGAGGGAGAGGCCCCCGGUCUCAGCGGGGAAUGCCUUCCACUCCCCGUGGCUCAGUGACGCGUUGUCAAGCCCGUGGCCCUUUGCUGCCUCCGAUCUGCUGGGCCGCUUGCAGAGCUGCAUCCGAGAGCGGCGGGCGGUGAAGGCGGCUUACUGUUGUGCCAACCGGGAGACACUCGGCGGCUUCCAUGACGAUCGAGACAAGAGCCGUGCCAGCCAGGGACCCUCGGCUGGGGACCCUUCCUCGUAGGGAUCCAAUGGAGGAGGGGUGGGAAGCAGGCGCCCCGACUAUGCGUGCCAGCGCUCCACGCCCGCCAGAUCUGACACCGUGGUGCCACUUUAGCCGUGAAUUUGGCCCCGCGGCACUUCUGGACCCAUUGCCCUUCCACGUUGCCUUUGUAUCCUUGCUGCCACUUUUCGCUCUUGCGUUUCAUGUUCAUCUUAUUUUUUUAAAACAAGUGCUUUGGAAGUGGAGUCUUUUUCUCUGUCACUUUCUGAAAUAAAUGACGUAAGAAAA